AUUCAUCUAAAAUCAACAAACAAACAAACAACCAACAUCUUUUCUGAUUUAUUUGAACACAAAAAGUAGAAUAAUCAUUCUAUAUAUACUUGAAAAAAAUAAUGGCCGAUCCAUCAUGGUUGGAUAAGAAUAAUAUUACAUCUGUGCGAUUGAAAACAUCCACCGGAACAAUUGAAAUUGAACAGUUAGAAGCAUUUGGUGUGUUUGGACAAACAUUUCUAGUCGUAUUGUAUUCGCUUACAACAUUUUUUGCAUUAACGGGCAAUACAUUGGUUAUUCUUGUUGAAAUAUAUGGACGUCGUUCAGCAAGAAAUCUUCAAAAAUUUCUAAUCAAUCUUGCCAUCUCAGAUCUAUUGUUGGGUGUAUUGGUCACACCAUUUAUUUAUACGGAUAUUAUGUUGGGUCGUUGGGUAUUUCAUCCGCUUCUUUGUCCGGUCACACAGUUUGUUCAAUUGAUGUCUGUAUUCGUGACAACGUAUACGUUAACAUUCAUUGGCAUCGAAAGAUAUUUUGCCACAUUACAUCCAUUAUCAUCGGCAAAUACAUGGCUACGAUCACAUGGUAAUCUAGUACUACAAUUAGGUUGGAUAUUUGGAGCAACAUUAGCAUCAUUUAGUAUACAGAAUACUAGAGUAGUGGCCUUCAAAUAUGAUAGUAAAACAUAUUAUGAUUGCGCCAAUUGGGUGGACGUUGCCGAAAGAGAUAUGCAAAUAUAUGUAACAUUAUCAUUCGUAUUGACAUUUGUUUUGCCGAUAAUAUUCUUGACAAUAUCAUAUGGUGCUAUUGGACGACGUUUGAUGCGUACACAAAAAUAUUGGUGCUCAUAUCGACAGACGGUACCAUUUAGUCAACAUUCAGCAUCAAGAACACAUAGUAGUAGUUCUUCACACAAUAAUAAUGUUGAUGGCAAUAUUAAUAUCAAUAAUAAUAAUAAUAAUACAACGACAAAAACAAGUUUUAUUCGAAAUAAAUCCACCCGAAAAACUGUCAAGAUUAAAUUAUCCAAUUCAAACGGUCUAAGUGGUGGUGGUGGUGGUGGUGGCGGUGUUGGUUGCAGUCAUAUUGAUUCCAAUGAUUCAACACGUAUGAAUUCAUCAACACAAAAAUCAUCAAAAUGACUAAUGAUUCUAAUCAUACGACUAGUAGUAAUAAUAAUACAAGUAAAAGUAGUAACAAUAACAAAGUUAUUGUCCGAUUUGAUAAACGGAAUGCUGAAUUUCUAAACAAAAUGAGAGUAAGUGAUGCUUAUACGUUUUUUUUUCUCAUUUUAUUUUAUUAUUAUCCAUUAUUAUGAUUCC